UCUAUGUAUGUGUGUGUCAGAGAGAAAUGUGUGUAUCAAAACCACCGAGCAAACACUCGGACCGCUCUAACUGCCCGCAGAGUGACAGGGUCUCAUCAUGCAGCCGAGGCAGCCAAAUUGACAUAAUAGUAAACACUUAAGACACCACUUGACGGCGAGAUGAAAAAGCAAGCGCUCUGUUCGCGUUGAGUGAAAGUGUGCGUGUUUCGUGCCGUUUACCUUCCCACUGUUUCACGGGAAACGCUAGACUGUGGGACUCUUUUUGUCGUGUGGUGUUAAUGUCAUAGUGGGUGUUACAAAUUCUGAAAUAUUCAUAUAGAGGAGAUUCUGAUAUUCGUUUUGGAGGAAAUGUUUUUAAAAAACUUUGACUGUGGCAUAUUGUUUUAAUAGUGUCGUGGUGAUACGAAUUCUAGAAUAUUCAUAUACAGAAAACUGAUUCCUCUGUGAAGAAAAGUUAAAACAAACAUUUGUCAGUGACAUAUUGUUUUGAUAGGGUUGUGUGUGGUACAAAUUCUGGAAGAUUCAUAAAUUGGAUACUUUAAUUUUCUUUCUAAAGGAAGAAAUUAGAAUAUGUAACAGUUCUGGGUGAUGUGAUUAUUCAUAAAUUGGAUAUUUUAACUUUCUUUUUACAGGAAAAACUUAGAACAUUUGACAUUGUUGUGGGUGUUUAAAAUCUGGAAAAUUAAUAAAGUAACUGUUUUGGUUUUCUUUCUGAUGGAAAAAGGAGCUUUUGACAUGUUCUGGGUGAUCUAAAUUCUGGAAUAUUCAUAAACUGGAUUACGAAAACAAACAUGCGCUGAAAUGAACCUUUUUUAAAACUGAUAUAUUAAUGACAUUACGCCGUAAACCCAUAGACAUGUUUGGAACAAAAACAUAAUCAAAAUCAGAGUUCUUUUUUAUGAACUAACUGAAAUUGACAUGUACUGGAUUAAUUGUUAAUUUCACUGAAAUGUUUAUAUAAAAGACACCAAACUUGCUUCUUUCAGCUCACGGGGUAUAGCCGUGCGGCCGGAAUGGGGGAGUACCUGUGCAUCGGAGACUACAUCUGCCUGUACUGUGAGGAAACGGAAGGCUAUGCGUACAGCUACCAGUCAAGCUCGGCAAACAAUGGCCUAUUUGUGUAUUCUUCCCAAGACAGAAACCGACCAACUAACAUUCCAAAUUGUCAUGCUGUGGUGUUCCAGAUCUUCAUUCAGAACCGGUACAAGUUGAACAAGAAGUACCGGAAAUGGCUGGCACUCUCACAGUCAGACCCUCAGGAAACUGGGCUCAAGGCCAUGGUGCAGCAAGCCAAGAUUUCUGCCAAUGCCGAAAACAAAGACAACAUGGCCGAACAAAAACGCCAACAUGGAAAACGCGUUCGGUAUGGAGAAGUUGUCCAGCUAAAGCAUGUGUUCACUGGGAAAUACGACAUGAGCACAACGCACACCAGCAAGCGAGACAAAAACAACAUGAAGGUGUCACUAAUUGAAUUCAAUGCCAAAAAUGCUCAGUUUAGAAUUCUUCCCAGGUACAAAGUGAAAUCGGAAGGAGAAGUGGUACAACUAUACGACCAGAUUGUGUUUGAGAGUGUUAAAUCUCCAGGCCACUAUUUCCAUGCCAGUGAACCCCACCAGAUAGACCACUUUUCACUUGGAUCUGAGCUCAAUCUUGGGGUAGAACGUUCAAGUUUCACCCUGAUAGGAAGUUACCGUGACACUCCUGAACAAGAGUGGUUUGUCAGGGGUGGCUCUGUGAUCCGGUUAUUUCACAAGGAGUUAGAAGCCUACCUUGUAGCAGAAGGACUGUUUGAUGAUGUCAUCACAGAAGAUGUCCACUUCCGAGUUCGAGCUAUUGACCAGCAUCGUCCGAAAUCUCUGUCUCCGUCCACGUCCGGCAUCACGUACUGGCAGAUCGAGGCGGAACACAGCAUCCUCGACGGUGACGUGAUCCGUUGGGAACAGCAGAUUCGCCUCCGUCACAUGUUGACUCGUCAGUAUUUGUGUAUCGACUCCGAGUUCAAGGUGUCACUGGUUCCAGACUCAUCAGACCCCAGAACAGUCUUCCGAUUCUUCUCUGUGCUGAAGGAAAGAGAUGAAAUCCAGUUUGAAAGUUAUGCUCGAAUUGAACACAUGCUUACAGGCUGCUGGCUUCAUGCAUUGAAAGAUGAAGACUACAUUAAACGGCAAUAUUUUGAUUCAGACAGUGAGAGAUCUAUGCAGGGUCUACGCUGGGAUGGUGCUGCUGUUAGAAAGGUGGCCGCCAGCACAGAGUGGCCGCCAGCACAGAGAGAGUGUAUACCAGAUGACAAUGAGUCUUCACUAUAA